GAAAGAAAACGCAAAGUUGUCUAAAGUAUUAUACACACAAUUUAAGGUUGACAAUACUAUCCAGGCAAUUAAUUUUUUUUCCGCACAUUAAAAGAUCAAGAAUUAGACAAGCAGAGAAAAUAGACAAAUACAGGAUUUGUGAAGGUACGACUGUUUUGAAAAGGUGGCUCAAACUCAUCAGUGAUUUAUGUUAUAAAAACGGUCAAGACAUUAUCUCGUUUUAAGUUUUUUUUUAGUACGUUACAAAUAAUAAUCUUUAAUAACAAUUUGCAUAAAGAAUUGUCUAACUUACCUGUGUUAAUAAUAAAUGUAAUGGUGUUUAAAAUUAUUUAGGUUCAUGUAACAUAUAUAUUUAUUCCUCUUCGCUAUUAAAAAUAACAAACUCUAAUGUAGCCAAUCUUAGUUUGUAAACCAUAAAAAAUUCGAAUUAUUUUAUUUCAACAAACUAAAUUUUCUUAAUUAAAAAAAGAAGCUGUUCAUUAUUAAAGUUCUCUUCUUUUUCUUGCGUAUUUUUUUUUUGUGAGUACAAAUUGAUCAGGUAAUUGAUCAUCUUUUAAAGUGAAAAAAGGACAGUCACACGAAAAUCGUGUCAGUGAAUCGUAUUGAAAUUGUGUAUAUUAAAAAAAAAAAUGAUUGUGUCUUCUCAAAGAGCAAGCUUAAAUAAAGGAGAUCAUUUUUUUACAGCAUCACCCUUAAAUCAACAAAGACUUUUAACGGUUUCAGAAAACUCUUCAUGUCUUUCCGAUAUUUCAGAAAAAUUAGAUGAUGAUGAAAAAACGAAUGCUCAGGACACUCGCGAUCUUAUGCUUGAUAUGAUCUGGAGAGGAGAUCCUUUGCAAACAACACAUGACGAUGCUAGUGGCUGUCUUAAUUAUUCUUCAAAGUCAUGUUUUUUGAAUAGAAUUGGAGAAUUCGAUAUGUGGUAUAACAUAAAUGAAGCCCACACAAAAAAUAAGCAUACUUCGAAUAACAACUCGGCAUUGGACUUAGGCAGUCAAUCUGACUUGCUACAUUUAAAUAAUUUAGCAACUCCUAUAUGGUCUAUGAAAUCAUGUCCGUCUUCCACUUCAAAUAAAAAAAGAGCUUAUAAUAAAACUCAUGAGGAAAUGACGUGUGAUAAAUAUCAAUACUCGAACCCGUAUGAUAAUUCAUCUAAUGAAACUGCAGUACCCUCAUCGGUAUUACCCAGUACAAAUAAUUUGAUUACUGCCUCUUCCUUCGUUCAUUGUCACGAUAACCCCUCUAACGCAAAGUCGUUUUUAAAAUUGGAGUCCAUUCAAAAGCACGUUACUGAUGAGGCUAAAAAUUACCCGUCAUCUUUACCUGUCGUGUCAAGCUAUAAAAAAUCAAAGACAUGCAUUGAAUCAAUGUCUUCGCAUUCGAGUAAUACUCUAUCAACAUCACAAGAUUUGAGCUCUACAAGCGACAAAAAAAUGUUAAGCUCUGUGGAUUCUCAGGAACAUUCAAUUUCUGAAAGAUAUGAUUCUUCAGUAAACUAUUUUUUUGAAUGUUGGCUGGUUUCCCUUUCAAACAAUGUGUUAGAACUUCAAUUAAAAUAUUUAAAAGAAGGCAAUGAAAAGCUUCGUCAUCAAAUCAAACAAAUUAAGUCCGAGUCUUCAUUUGCUUCAUUUAAAAAAAAUAAUGACGUACUUGGGUACAAGGAAACAAAUUGUAAUUUGGAGAAUGUUUCGCAGCAGGAAAAGGAACACGAUUCUUCUUAUUCAAACUCCCAAAAUAUGGAGGAUGUAGUCGAACACAAAAGUGAAAAUAUCCCAUUGACUUCACCGGCACGACGUGAAGAAAUUAGUAAAUUACCAUUGAACAGCCAAAGUAUAAUAGUAAACGAACAAAAAAAACUUAAUUUAACAAAUCUAAUUGAACAAUAUGUAAAUUCAUGUGAUACGUCGGAUUCGAAAGUUGAGACGGAAACAACUUUUUCUAAAAUCAUAAUUGAAAACAAUAGCGUUGAACUAGGCUCUAAGAAUGAAAUUGACUCAAAAAAUCAACAUUCAGAUCUGUGUACACAUCCUUCAAGACCAGCUUUCAGGGCUGAGUGUCAUACUAAAGUCGAAGAGUCACCCUUGCAAAAUUUUUCUACCCGCACAUCUUGUGAACAAAUUAAUAAAUCUGUUGACUCGAUUUCACAACAAACAAAGGAAGACAAACUAGAAAUGGAGUUUUAUUCAAACAACAAACUAAAUAAUGCUUCAUUUUAUUCUGAUGAUAAGACCUAUGAUGAUAGUGUGCAACGUUCUUUAAAUUCAGAUGGAACAAUAAUAGCGUGUAAAACUAAAACGAUUUUUAAUACUGAAACUAAAAUGGAUUUUUCGCCUUCACUACUGUUUUCUACGUCGAAUAAUACGAGUGAUCCAUCACUUGUAUCAACCACAUGUGAAGACUCUUUUUUUUCUGAAAAACGUUUAGAAUCAUCAUUACUCACGGAUACAUUAAGUAAUCCGUCACCUGUAUUAAAUAAUCUACUGUCAAGAUUUGUGUUAUGUUCAAACGAGAAGACAAAUUCAUUUAAUGCUAAAAGAAUUACGGAAAAAAACGUUGAAUAUUUGUCAGUUACAGAAAGUGAAUGUCUUGGAAUUUUCGAUAAUUAUCUACCUACAAAUGGUCUUCAUGACAUGGCUAGUUACCCUGAAUCAGAGUGUUCUAAUACCUUGGAAUGUUUCACUAAUGGUCCCGAAUCGCCGAACGGAAAUGAUUUAAUUGACUUUAAUUUUGUCAAUUUUUUACAGCGUGUUGCUUCGCCUUCCUCUGUAUUAAAUAAACAUUUCAGUUUAUCUUUAACAACGGAUUUGUAUUCAAUGAAUGAUGAGACCGAUACAUUUCGUACGAAUGACUCAGUUUUUCAUUAUCAUGAAAACAAUAGUGAUAGUUCUUUGUCAUCCAUUAACAAUUCGUGGAACUGUCCUUUAUCAUCGGAAGAGUUUGAUCUUUCAUCAAAAAGCGUCUCGAAUAUUACAACACCACUAAAACCAUGGAAUAUGGACCAGUCUUUAAACUCUUUACUGUGUUGCGACUCAGAUGAUAAUAAGAUGGCAUUAUCCUUAGAAACGAUUUCAUAUCAGCCGGAGAAUAGACAAAAACGAAUAGGACCCUCCUGUUUUAGACGCCCCAAAACUCCAUCGCGGAUAACAAAUUUUAGUGACGGCUCAGUUCCAGUGCAAUCAUGUAGCGUGUCUCCAACAGGGUCAUGUUUAAAUUCAAUGCCUCGUAUGAUUCCUAUUCUGACGCCACCAACAGCAAUGAAUUCAACACGAGCAGUCUCUCCAAAACCAUUAUCGCAGUCACACGGUUUAACAAAUGACUGUGAAAUAUCAUCGGAUAUAGUUGAUUCUACUGUUAAACUACCUUUCUGUAGUAUUAAUAAAAACCAACGUUCCACUUUUUCCAUUCAGGAUGCAAUGAUAUCUCCACCUGUCAUUUCAAACUCGUUUUUGGAAUCUCCUAGGAGCGAUCCGUCAUGUCCAAGGUCGGAUACUGUCAAAUUACCUCCUUAUUUCUGUACUGACACACAAGACUCUCAUAUGCAACAUUGCCUUGUACAUCCCUCGUCCUCACGUGUAAAACUUCCCACAUCUUCUUCUCUUGUUGUGUUGAGUUACCCACCACAAGAACCUUUCGAAGUACCAACUGUUGACAGAACUAAUUAUGACGCAGCCGUGUCAAAACCGACUACAAAUUCAAGAACUUCCACGGCAAUCUCUCCUGGUCAAGUGAUCUCAAGUGAUCAGGAUGAAUUACAGUCGCUUCCUGGCGUCAGCUAUGACAAAAUGAUUUCGUGGAACGACAGUCAUAUGAAGCUGAGUGAAUCGAGUUUUUUUUCAAAAACUGAACCAUUUGAAUUCUCAUCCAACAGCCACACCAGAUGGCCUUUAAGCCAAUCAAAUUUGACGGGUUUCAGUAAUUCUGUUGUAGCGUCAAAUAAAACACAUUCGGAAUCAACUUUAAGAUUGUCUUACCAGAAUAAACUAAGGAAUUACAAUGGAAUGACAUCCAAUGAUUUAUUAUCUUUUGAGUCUGUGAAUAAAAAUCCUUUGAUACAUCAGAUUCAUUAAUUGGGUCUUUAUGGAUAAUUAUUCUUAAAAUAUGAUCUAUGCUAUUGUUGCUUCCACUUCUUGGUAUGGUGAAGAUCUUUAUUACUAGAGGCGAACAUAAUGGUGAUCACGUUUUCGUAACAAUUUUUUUCUUGAAUUUUUAAAAUUUCAUUCAAAAAGUGUGAAAAAGUUAUUUUCAAUGCUCUUGUUCAAAAAUGUUUUUUCAUGUUAGCUAAAUAACGAUGCUGAUGAUAGUGCCAUGAGUAUCAAGGUGUAGUACAGGUUUUUUUAGGUUUCAUUUAAUAAUUGUUUUCGUAACUUAAAAAGAAUAGUUUUGAUUGAAGGUAUUAAACGUUUACCAAUACAGAUUGGCAUAUUUGUAAUGCUAACCAGUUUUAAGCAUCAAUGUAGACACUUGCUAAAUAUUUUUGUUACCAAUUCGUGCAUUUUAAAAAAAAUUCCGCUGAUCUUUUCAAACAAUCAGUGUUGUUCUUCUUGUAUAGACUCUACAAAAACUUUAAAAUUAUGAC